AUGUCUGUGAUUUUGGAAACCGAUCCGUGCACUUUCGAUAUGCUGAUGAAGAUGAAGCGUGUUCUUAUCGGCUGGGAGCUGUGCAAGGUUGUCGAAGCGAUAACAGCCUUCCGAUGUUUCAACUGUUCGGAAUACGGCCAUAAAGCAUCCGCAUGUAGCAAACCCCAUUGCUGUCCCAAGUGUGCUGGACCCCACGAUGCCAAGGAAUGUUCGGCUGAUUUUGUGAAGUGCGUUAAUUGUGACCAGCUUAAUAAACGACGAAACGCUCCUGACGAUAACCUUGUUGAUAUCUGCCAUGCUGCUUGGAGUAUUGAUUGCCCGCUCAACAUGAAGAACUUGAAACGUGCCCGACAGAGGAUUGACUACUCGACAUAG